CGCGUGUACACGCCCUUUUAUAAUGCAGCAUGGGGCAGAGAACGUAACAAAAUGAAGGCUUCGUAGCGGAAUAUAGUCUUAACAUCAGAGCAGAUCAAACGACUCGCGGUCUUUCACGGAUGGUGACACAUAAUGCCGAUAGUGGACAAGCUCAAAGAGGCCCUGAAGCCGGGCCGCAAGGACUCCAGCGAUGAGGGCGACCUGAACAAGUUGCUGGCUUCAUCCGCCAAGAAAGUGCUUCUGCAGAAGAUCGAGUUUGAACCUGCCAGCAAAGGCUUCAGCUACCAGCUGGAGACCCUCAAGACAAAAUAUGUGAUCCUGAAUCCCAAAAAUGACGGAGCUGCGGCACAGAGACCGACUGAACCUGCUCAGAUUAAGAGACAAAUUUCAGAGAGCUUGAGCGUCGGGCAGAGCGAUGGAAUCCCUGCUCCGCAGAAGAUGCUCUUUCUUGGAAACAAGCUAUCCAUGAAGUGGGAACGGGUGUAUCGGGUUGGAGCCGGCCUCCACAACCUGGGCAACACCUGCUUCCUCAACUCCACUGUGCAGUGUCUCACCUACACCCCGCCACUGGCCAACUACCUGCUCUCAAAGGAGCACAGCCGAUCCUGUCACCAAUCUGGUUUCUGCAUGAUUUGUGUAAUGCAGAACCAUAUCAUCCAAGCCUUUGCCAACACAGGCAAUGCCAUCAAACCUGUAUCGUUCAUCCGAGAUCUGAAAAAGCCACAGCUGUUCAUCAUAGUCUUUUCUUGCUUUAGAUGUAAAAAGAAGGUUCCAGCGACGAAGAGGUUCACAGUUCACAGAACAUCAAAUGUGCUGACGCUAUCACUUAAACGGUUCGCCAACUUCAGUGGAGGAAAAAUUACCAAGGACGUUGGCUACCCAGAGUUCCUGAACAUUCGCCCGUACAUGUCCCAGAACACAGGCGAUCCAGUGAUGUAUGGCCUCUAUGCUGUCCUUGUGCAUUCAGGGUACAGCUGCCAUGCUGGACACUACUACUGCUACGUCAAGGCCAGUAAUGGACAGUGGUACCAGAUGAAUGACUCAAUGGUGCAUUCCAGUAAUAUCAAGGUUGUCCUUAAUCAGCAGGCAUAUGUCCUCUUUUACCUGAGGAUCCCUGAAAAGAAAAAUACAGAUGCUUCAAAUACAAAGCAGAACAUAGUACACUCUGGGAGAACAAAUAUGACACCGGAGCAGCUGAAGAGGAGCACACUCAAUGGACCUUUGUCUUCACCACAGGUUACGAAGAAGCUUGAUCCCGCUCAGCUGAGGAAAAUCCAGUCUGUGGAUGGGGGUCUUGGUAUUCCAGUAGCCAGAAACUGUUCAGGGGUCCAAUCGCCGAAGAUGUCUAAUGGUACAGGGAACUCCCAUGCCCCGCCCAAGCCACCCAGUGGACCCACACUGAUCGAGGAGCCCUUUAAGAAAGUGAAGAAGCCCAUACCUCAGCCUCAGUCCCGCAGCAGCACUCCUGCUCCAUCCAACGGCCUCCCCAAACCCGACACCGACAAGAGGAGCAACAGCGAGGGCCGCGGCCUGCCAUCAUCUACCUCACUCAAAUCCCUGUCUGACAGCUCCUCAGCAGACACCUCCUCUGAGUCUAAAGAGUCUAUUGGCACGAGGAGCGCACCUGUUGGCAACAUGUCUAGUGUGAACAGUCCAGCAUCUCCAGCUAAGAGCACAGAGCGUGUGAACUCAGAGGAGCAGAAGAUGGUGAAACUGAAACCCCAGGCCCUCACCAAUGUCUCAUCAGAGCCCGUCAGCACCAUGUCCCCCCCGCCCGCCAAACGACUCGCCCUGUCUGCCAAGAAGGCCAGUCCCCGGCAGAUUCCGAGCAGCAGCACUGAGGCUCCGCCCCCUUCAUCUCAUCAUCUGUCCAGUGACCCCUCACACCUUCUCAGCCGGGACUCCACCCACCCGCACCACAGGUACUCACUCGCUCUGAAAUGCUGCUUUUUUUUGUUUGUUUUUCAUAAAAUUGAUAUAACAUCUAGUCAGAUAGGCAAUGCGAGCAAGCAGAAAUCUGCUGCCGUGAUCGUUUGGGACAGCCAGGUUCGAGACGGCUACAAGUGCGACCAGAACCAUCGAGAAGCAGAGGGCACAUCGAGAAAAGGCCCAUGCUCUGCUCCUAUGGGCUGGGAUGGCAAGAAAAGCUGCAAUGUAGUCGAGGAGCUCCUCAAGAACUCCUCAAAUAAAGCUUAUGGAACUGAGGUCCUCAGUUGGGAAGGAGAUCUGUCGGCCAUUAGCAGAGAUGCUGCAGAGGAUGCACGCUAUGCCCAAAAUGAGACCGUCAUUGAUGAGUGGGACACGGAGUUUGACAGUGGAAAAGUAAAGAAAAUGAAAAAAUACAAAAAGGAGAAGAGGAGGAAUGGAAAUGUCUUCCAGAAGAUCCAAGAGCAUCGUAACAUGUGGUCAGUCACACCGGGUGGCAGAUGGAGCAGUCUGGGGUGUCGCCAUUGAAAGUCGUGUGCCCUGACCAGACCAGUUGCCUUAUUGGAUCAGCAGCAGUCGGAUCUGUCUGAGGUUCUUCUGAAGAACACAAGAGCGCAGCAGUACUGUGAAAUCAAGCCAUGAGGCUGAGGUCAUCUCCUGAGGCUUUAGUCAACGUCUGAAAUCCAAAACACACACCACUAACGGUGCCAAUAUGAUCUUUGGAUCAUAGGAAAGACGACAAACUGGAGAGUUUGCACCCUGUUAACCUUUAAUGAUCUGAAUUAUUCUUAUUGUAAUACGAACAAAUGUUUACCCGGGCCGGUUUUAUUUAGGCAGGACUACACAAGAUGGCGAGCAUUCAGGCUGUGAUGGCCGGCGAUGAAAACUAUUGUCUUUUAUUGAGAAGAAAACCCUCAAACUUUCUAAAAACGGGAACAUGUAGCCCCUCCCUCCAAUGACUCAACAAAUAUCAUUGUUCCCUUUAUGCAACUUUUGUUCACUAAAUUAUUUAGCUUUUUCAUAUUUGGUCCAGAUAUUAUUAGGCAGUUAUUUGCCUGAAUGGAUCAUCUGUUGGAGGAAGUAGUGUUGCCCUGCUGUCUUGCAUUGCAAUACAUUUCUUUCUUGUGAUUGUAUGCUUUCAUGUCUUGCCUGCUUAAAUACUAGCCCAUCCUCCUCCUCCAACUCAACUCCCCUUUGCGGUCUUUGAUUUUGCCAUAUUUUAAAGGGAAAUUAGCCUCUUGUGACAAUUUCCACAGUUUCUAUAAGAUUUCUCCUCGGAUUUCCCAAAACGCCACCAUUUCCAGUCAGACGACGUGGUCUUUUAUGCACAGGGCUGCAUACAACAAUGCAAUACAUUUCAUCCAUGUGAGCUAAAACAUGGGCCUUAACACAAACCACUGUGUUUCUGCCAGGAGGGCUGAAUUAUUUAAUAAUUGGAGUAUCCCUUUGUCUUUGAUUUAGCGCGUCUCAUCCUGUAUCUCUUUCCUACUCUCUAUGCAACUACAGCAAUCCUUCGGAUGCCCUGCGAAGGGGUCAUUCCAGGGUAAAACUCAACAAAAGCUGGUCCAAAUGUCAUCUGUGUGAGCUGUAAACACCCUGUCCAUUAGCAGUGCUAUUAUACAUUGGGGCAGAAUGAUGUACAUGCUUAUCCACUCAAGAGCCGUCAUAGGAGUAAACCAAUGUUGAAGCCUUCCUAUUUAGGACAUUGUACAGUCUACCUUGUGCUCUCUGUGCCAUCCUCCAGUCAUUCUUGUUGUUACACACCAUCCUUUCAUGAAUCCUUGGGUUUUAGAAAAGUUGCCUUGGUUUAAUUUUUAAAAAUGAAUAGAACAUGUUGCAAAUUAUACUUAUUAAAACAUGUUAAAAUGCACAUUGCUAAAUGGAAGCCUAAUGUAUUUAAGGUUUGUGGAAUUGUAAAUGGGAAAUUUUAUUAACCAAUAGAUGCGUGUCUGGAAGACUGCUCUGAGGUCUUGUUCAGGACCCAGACACUAUGCGCUCUGUAGGAUGUGUCUGUAUUCUCUUAGAAAGUCAUUUGAAGCUAAAGAACACACGAGUGUCUUUGUCAUAUUUGAAUUGAUAGUUCUGUACAUAAUGCCUUUUCUGAAAACAAGAAGUCAUUCAGUAUUGCAAAUACAUAAAUGUAGAUAUACUGGUGCAAUAAAGUUGUGAUUUUU